AUGAGUUUCCUUGCAAAAACAUUUUCACAAGUUCUUACACGUUCAGCAACAACAACAACACUUCUAUUAAAACCAAGUCAUGCGACAUCAUUAGCUCUUCGUUUAGCAUCAACAGAACCAUCUAAACAAAGUGGUAAUCAAGAGCAAAAACAAUAUCAAUAUUUAUUAGUCGAUAUAAAAGGACAAAAUUCUAAUGUCGCACUGGUUCAACUCAAUCGACCAAAAGCAUUAAAUGCAUUGUGUGAUGGUCUAAUGACAGAAUUGAGUACAGUCUUAGAAUCACUUGAUAAAGAUGAUAAAAUUGGUUGUAUUGUUUUAACAGGCAGUACACGUGCAUUUGCUGCCGGUGCUGAUAUUAAAGAAAUGCAAAACAGGAAAUUAGCAGAAGUGAUUGGUUCAGGCUUUCUUGAUCAAUGGUCAGCGGUAACACGUAUUAAAAAACCAAUUAUUGCUGCUGUCAAUGGUUAUGCAUUAGGUGGUGGUUGUGAAUUAUCAAUGAUGUGUGAUAUUAUUUAUGCCGGAGAGACAGCUGAAUUUGGUCAACCAGAAAUUGUUAUUGGUACAAUUCCAGGUGCUGGUGGUACUCAACGUUUACCACGUUAUGUUGGAAAAUCAAAAGCAAUGGAAAUAGUAUUAACAGGCAAUCGAAUUAAUGCAAAAGAAGCCGAAAAAUUCGGUUUAGUUAGUGCUGUUUUUCCACCUGAUAGAGUUGUUGAUGAAGCAAUUAAAACAGCUGAGAAAAUUGCAAGUCAUUCAAGAAUUGUCGUACAAUUAGCUAAAGAAGCAGUCAAUGCUGCAUUUGAAACUACAUUGGCUGAAGGAAAUCGCUUGGAAAAACGUCUUUUUCAUACAACAUUUGGUUUAGAUGAUCGAAAAGAAGGCAUGACGGCAUUUUUAGAAAAACGUAAACCAAACUUUACUGGUCAAUAA